AGCACCUUGGUGGGUUGGGGUUGGGGUAGGGGGGUCAUAAGGUGUUACAUUGACUAUAUUACCCUCCAUUACUUCAUCUUCUCAGUACAUUCAAGAACAAAUCUUGAGGUCAAGUUCGACAAGCAAGACAAAAAUGGAACCAGUUUUAUAUAUGCCAUUGAAUCCACGAGCAAUUCCAAAGUUUGAAACUUUUGAUAUCUGAAUCUUGGCUAUAUUUGCAAAAAAAUCAAAUCUUGGUGUAGAUAAAGAUGCAUGAUUUCUGCUUUACGAUCCCUUAUGGGUUAAUUCUGGUUUGUGGUGGUGUCAUGGGAUAUGCCAGCAAAGGAAGCACAGCUUCACUUGCUGGAGGUGUUGGUACUGGAUUUGCUUUGAUCGUAGCUGGUUACUUGAGCCUGCAAGCAUUCCACAAACGCAAAAAUUCUUACUUUGCCUUGAUUCUUGAAACUGCUUGUGCAGCCACGUUAACAUGGGUUAUGGGACAGCGGUACAUGCAAACUUCAAAAAUAAUGCCGGCUGGCGUUGUUGCUGGUAUCAGUGCACUCAUGACUGGAUUUUAUCUGUACAAAAUUGCCACAAGAGGAAACCAUUUUCCACCCAAGACUGAGUAAUACUAUAUGAUUGUUUAUUUGGGGUUCCAAUUUCACUGUAUGCAUACAGCUGAAAAUGUACUCUUAUUUUAUACUAAAUUUUAUAGAAUUCAUGGAGCAACUUUUAUUUUGA